AUCGUCCUCACGUCCCCUCGUUCCCAUGGAAGCAGCGCCGCCGCAGCGCUUGUGCGGAAGCGCUUUUCGGCUCCGCCCUUCUCCUCCUCCUCCUUCGUCGUCGUCGUCGUCGUCGUCGUCGUCUCCGCUCCCUCGUCUCCUUCCUCGGAAGCUCCACUUCCGCUCCAAAAAGCGCUUCUCCGUCCUCGCCGCCGCCGCUUCCGCCGACCGCACUGUCACGCUGCUCGAUUACGGCGCCGGAAACGUUCGCAGCGUGCGAAAUGCGAUCCGGUAUCUAGGGUUCGACAUCAGAGACGUUCAAAAACCGGAGGAUAUCCUAAAUGCGGAUCGACUUGUUUUUCCGGGGGUUGGGGCCUUUGCGGCAGCAAUGGAGGUGCUAAACCAGAAUGGCAUGGCAGAAGCACUCCGCAUGUAUGUCGAAAAGGAUCGCCCGUUUUUAGGAAUCUGUCUUGGACUUCAAUUGCUGUUUGAGUCUAGCGAGGAGAAUGGUCCAGUUGAAGGUCUUGGGGUGAUACCUGGUCGGGUUACUCGCUUUGACUCUUCAAAUGGUCUCAUAGUACCUCACAUUGGCUGGAAUGCUGUGCAAAUUACCAAAGAAUCUGGGAUUUUGAAUGGCAUUGAAGGCCACCAUGUCUACUUUGUUCACUCAUAUCAUGCAAUGCCUUCAGAUGCUAAUAAAGACUGGGUUUCGUCAAUAUGCAACUACGGUGAUAGUUUUAUAUCUUCCAUAUCAAGGGGGAACAUACAUGCUGUCCAAUUUCAUCCAGAAAAAAGUGGAGCUAUUGGGCUUUCGAUACUAAAGAACUUCCUGAAUCCAUCUCAUUCGUCAACAACAAAGGCAUCAGCUCAUCCAAAAGCUUCAAAACUGGCGAAGAGAGUAAUAGCAUGCCUUGAUGUGCGAGCAAAUGAUAAAGGGGAUCUUGUAGUGACGAAGGGGGAUCAAUAUGACGUAAGGGAUCAGACGGAUGAGAAUGAGGUGAGAAACCUCGGCAAACCAGUGGAGCUGGCAAGUCAAUAUUACAAAGACGGUGCUGAUGAGGUUAGUUUUCUAAACAUAACAGGGUUCCGUGACUUUCCUCUGGGAGACCUGCCAAUGUUACAGGUUUUGCGUUACACAUCUGAAAAUGUCUUUGUACCACUUACGGUUGGAGGUGGCAUUAGAGACUUCACAGAUGCUAAUGGGAGGUACUAUUCUAGCUUAGAAGUGGCAUCAGAAUAUUUCAGGUCUGGUGCAGAUAAGGUUUCAAUUGGAAGUGAUGCAGUUUAUGCUGCAGAGGAAUAUUUAAAAACAGGGGUAAAGACUGGAAAGACCAGUUUGGAGCAGAUCUCUAGAGUCUAUGGGAACCAGGCAGUAGUUGUGAGUAUUGAUCCUCGAAGAGUGUAUGUUAAAAGUCCUAAUGAUAUCAAAUUUAAGGCUGUGAAAGUGACGAAGCCAGGUCCGCUUGGUGAAGAAUAUGCGUGGUACCAAUGCACAGUAAAUGGUGGACGUGAGGGUCGGCCUAUAGGAGCUUAUGAGCUUGCAAAAGCUGUUGAAGAGCUGGGAGCUGGAGAGAUUCUACUUAAUUGCAUUGAUUGUGAUGGUCAGGGACAAGGAUUCGACAUAGACUUAAUUAAACUGGUAUCAGACGCUGUAACAAUCCCUGUAAUCGCAAGUAGUGGAGCUGGUGUUGUAGAACAUUUCUCCGAAGUCUUCCAGAAAACGAGUGCUUCAGCAGCUCUUGCUGCAGGCAUUUUCCAUCGCAAGGAGGUUCCGAUUCUAUCCGUGAAAGACCAUCUUCUGCGGGAAGGUAUUGAGGUGAGGAUGUAAUUCAUCCACGGAGAAAAAAUUCGCGCCCGUCGAAACAAUCACUAGCAGGAUUCUUGCCAUGCUAUUAUUCCCAUCUCAUAAGGCAAUGUUGUGUGAUCUUUUUAGUUGCCCGGCCAUUUGUUUGUUGGUGGACCUUCUUAGUCAUCUUGAAGUUGUCACUCAUCACUAUUAUUGUUGCCUUGCUAUUUAUUUAUUGAUGGACCGAACAUUUUUAGUUAGCUCAACCUAUAUAAGCUGUUUGCAACAGUACUAUUUAAUUCCUUGAGAUGAAACCUGAUUCUAAUC